AUGGCUGGUCAUUCGCGCCUCGCUCUAGUGAAACCCAGAUUACAAGGAAAGGUAGCAUUGAUCACAGGUGGGGCUAGGGGAAUAGGAGCGUGCAUGGCAAGGCUCUUCGGCAGACAUGGGGCUAAGGUGGUAAUUGCAAACAUUCGAGACCAACAAGGGCAAGCUAUAUGCAAUGAUAUUGGAUCCAGAUACGCUUCCUACGUUUACUGUGAUGCUACAAAAGAAUCUGACAUUGAAACUGCCGUAAACACUGCUACUUCUAAGCAUGAAAAGCUUGACAUAAUGGUGAACAAUGCUCUCAUAAUAGAUGAACCUAAACCAAGUAUUCUCAAUAAUGAAACUAGCGAAUUCGAAAGUGUUCUUAGGGUGAACCUAAUAGGUUCUUUCUUGGGCACCAAGCAUGCUGCGAAAGUUAUGAUUCCUGAGAGAAAGGGAAGCAUAAUAAUGGUGGGUAGCGUUUCUUCCCAUGUAGGAGGGGUCGCAACACAUGCGUACACAAGUUCUAAGCAUGGGUUGGUGGGUCUCACCAAGAAUGUGGCCGUUGAACUUGGCAAAUUUCUGAUCCGAGUGAACUGUGUCUCCCCAUAUUUCGUUACAAAUGUUGCUGCAGUAGAUCACUUCAAAUUAGAUGAUGAAGGAUGCUCGAGUGUUUAUUCUAAUCUUGAAGGGGUUUAUCUGCAGGAGGAAGAUGUGGCUCAAGCUGCGCUAUAUUUGGCUAAUGAUGAAUCCAAGUACAUCAGUGGACAUAAUCUUGCAUUGGAUGAAGGAUUUACUUCUAUUAAUCCAAGUUUUGGUUUGUUCUCUAAAUCAAAGUAG